AUGAUCGCGCGCCUGGCACUGUGGUGUGCCGUGCUGGCCGUGGGCGCGUCCUGCCUGCCAGCAGCACGCGCCCAGGACGACUCCGCCGCCAAGGCCCGUGCGGCGGUCGAGGCGUUCUGUGCCAGCCCCGCCUUCAAGAAGCUCAGCUGCGCCUACAACGGCGUGAUGGGCGCUGACGAGGACGCGGCCACCACGGCCGACAUCAGCCCGUUCAGCGGCACCAUGUGGGCGAUCCUGCCGAAGCCGUCGGAGCUGCCAAAGGCCAUCAACGCUCGUGACAGCUACGACCAAUACUGGAGUAGCCUCGUAUCCCUGGCCUGCAAGGGGGACGCCGUCGUUCGCAGCGUCUUCAAGUACACCAAAUUCGACGACACACGCCGGCCAGCCAGCAGCAACAACUGCGCGUUUGCAAGCCUCGACACCGAAUGGGCCGACGCCAAGGACAUCGUAAAGACCACCCCCAUCGUGCGCUGCGAGCUGGAGCUGCCGGCCGGCCCCGAGCCCGAGGCCGUGCGCGCGACGCGCGCCAAGGAGGGGCGCUGCUGGCAGUGCACGGCCUGCGGCGGGGGCGGCGGCUGCCCGGCGAAGAAGGGGCAGUGGUACAGCGACUCGACCGUCUACAAGGGUCUCAAGGGCUGCGACAUCGACCUCUCCAAGGGCUACUCACCAAUCAGGGCCAGCAUCCACGUCAACCCCGGCACCAGCUUCGAGCUGGCCAAGUUUGAGAUCUGCAACGGCGCCAGCUGCUUUAACCCCGCGACGGAGGCCGCCAAGCUCAAGGCAGCCAAGGCCUGCGUCAAGGGUGUCUGCUAG